AUGACCGACAUUAAUCGCACCAAACAGAGCUAUCUGCACAAACACAACGGCAAGAUCGAUCCGCAAUCAGUGCAAUCCCCGUCGGUGCUGCACUCUGCGGGAUCGAACGCAACCGAACACGGUCAUGCGGCCAGCAAGAGCGCUGGAUCCAGCUCGGGUGGUUCGUUGAAACGCAACAAUAGUCAUCAUCAGCGAUUGAAAAAAUCCAACACAAGCACUCUGGACCGAGGCUCUUAUGGUCCUGUGGAGUACGGCGGUAGCUUUAGUCAUCAUCAUCAGCAGCAGCAGCAGCAACAACAACCGACCGGAACGACCUGUACGAGAUCCGGCGCCGGUUCCGGUCUGGCCAAGAGCUGGUCGAAAACCUCCAGCAGUAGCACCUCCCAAUCGACAUCCCACGGCCCAGCGGAACAAACGGCACACACACUCGAACCAGGCGGCAGCGGCCGACCUCCGGGGACAAAUUUAACACCCACCGUCAAAACGGAAGCCUCGCUCAGCGACGAUUUUAAACGCUUCCACACGCUCCGCAACAGCUACGGUGGCAAAUCCAAUUUAAAUGUAAAUAACACCGAUCACAUGAUAAAAUCGCAGGUCCUACUUCACCAGCAGAAGCUGCGCGAGUACUCUCGACAACUGCCCGCCCAGCAGCACCAUGACAACGAUAGCUACUCAACCUGCUCCUCGUCCCAGUCCGACUACCAGCAUCCUCCUCCGCAACAACCGCAUCAGCAGCACCAGCAAAACCAUCGCCACAAGCAUCACACUCACUAUCGUGUGCAUCAGCAUCAACACCAUCAGCCGGCGCAAGCCCACAAUGUCCUACCGACACAGUCCAUCUACCCCAUCUCUGCCACGGUGGCCGCCACAGCCACGUUGACGCGCGCCGGUGGUUUCGGUGGUGCCGGUGCUGGUGGAGGUUCGAUAUUGAAAAAUGCCACCAGCAGCAACCAUCAGGAUCCGGUCGGGAGUCGGAACAGCCUCAAACGAGGAGCGGGCGGAUUGAGCACGCUGUCACUGUGCAGCUGUGACGCGGAAACGGAGAUAAUACCGAAUCCAUUAAGGCCAUUAUAUCAGUACAGCCUGGACAGGAAAAAUCCUCGCCAGCACACCUACACCUGCGAGCAGAAUGCACAGAUUCUAUUGCGACUGGAAAAGGACCGUCAGAAGAAGUUUGGCUCCAUGGGAAAAUUGCAUCUGACCACAUCAACCGGUGACUUGAGCCUAGCGACCACAGCGAUGCAACGACACUCGAGUAUAACGGGUGCAUCCGUGCCGACCUCGUCCGUUUCGACUCCAACUCCCACACCUCCUUCUCCGCUAUCAACAACUGGACCCGGAAAAGUCACCGGAAAUGCUUGCAAGGUGGCGGCCAACGUGUUUUCGUUUGACUGCCAGCAUGGAUCGUAUCCUCGGGGUGAUAAUUAUGCCGAGGACGAUUCGUACAGUGAAGAUAUGAUACCGCCUCCGCCACCGCCACUGAACCGACGUCCAUCCUACGGAUACGGUUGUGUGGUGCAACCUGUUGCAUCCGGACCGGAACCGACGCACACGGACCAGCAGUCCAACCCAGCCAACAUCAGCUACGGACGUGAAGUCGACGGCCUGGUCGGAACCAUGAAUCAGCCGGAUCUGUUCAACUUUGCCACAAACACAAACGGUCCGUUGAGUGGCACGCUAAAGUCAACACUCAAAUCCGCCAAAUCGUCGACAAACGGUAAAACAACUUCCGGUUCAUUGGGCAUGCCUGUCGACGGCAAGUCGAAACUGAACGACCCGCUUCCGGUUAUGAUGGUGGACCUGAUGAACGGUAACACGGCCGCCUCGCUUCCGAGUGGAAAUGACCCGGCCGGCACGAAGCCAUAUCCGCCUUACUACUUCGAUGAUAAUUAUCUACAUCACCACUACUACUACCAGAGCGGAGAGGAUCGGUACGGAGAGACCGGAUCUGACGUGCCGUUGAAGGAAGCGAUGGAUGCGGGGCAGUUGUAUCUCUACCACCAACAUCAUCACCAUCCGGACGCGGUCGCUGCCGGCUACAUCCCCAACUACGAUGCACUUAACCUUCCUGCGAAGUACAACACGAUCGGGCCGAACGGGGAUUUGCCACUGUCGGGGCACUUCUCCGGACUGGGCGGCAAGUAUCCGGCGGGUGGUGGAGUGGGCCACCAUGCCAGCUCCUGCAAUAUCAAUCAGUACUCCGGCUCGACAAAAAGCAACCUCAUUGCAUCGCACAACCAUCACUUCUCCAACUCGAUCAGCAACUUCAACUUCAAUCCCUCGCAGUACUUCGGCUCGGGGUUGGAACCGGCCCCCGGAACCACCAUCAUUCCCGGUGGCGUGAUGGGUGGCGUAAUGGGGGGUGGUGAUGGUUUUCCUUCCUCCUGCAGCCUUAACGGAACGCCCAAUAAACAACAGUCACACCCGUGGAAACACCGCCAAUGUCCGAGUCGUGGUUCCAGCAGUACCGGGUCCGGAUCGUCGAAAUGGGAUCUUCCUUCGAGACAGUGGCUUGCGGUGACCUCCAUAUUGUUGAUUGCCGGAGCGGCCGGAGUAGCCGUCCCGCUCGCCCUGAAGGUAUCCUCCUUAAUCGAUGGUCACAACGAUCUGCCGUGGAACAUACGAAAAUUCCUACACAAUCAGAUAAACGAUUUUCGAGAUCGCAGAUUACUCGGGACGGGUGAAAGGGCUUCCAAUGACCUGCUCUCGAUACAGAAGUCGUACUAUCGCACAAAAACUGUCAAAAUGUGUUCAUUAAUCGGUGUCGUGGAUGGCUCCGGCGGUUCGUUCGGUGUCCUGCGCAAUUACAAUGCCCUCGAGAUUCGGCACACGACCCUUACACUCACCUGCCUUGGGCAAAUGCGAAUGCACCGAAGUAUGACAUCCGGUGCACGGUGGACUUACGGCUCUUACGGCAAGUUGCGCACGCCCGGUAAGGUUGGUCGCGGAAACAUGGAACCAGCACCAGUCAUGAUCCACCUGUCAGAAAUCGGUGAUGAAAAAUCGUGUCCACAUCGCACAUCGCGAUUAUCGAUUUUUGUUUUAUCAUUGCAGAACAUGGGACUUCCUGAUUUGCCAGGUCAACCGGAAGAUGAUAGUAAUUUUACAAUGGACGAAAACAAUACCGUUCACCUGGAACCGAUGAGUGAAGAUGAAAGCGACAAUGAAUCCUUCGUGGAUGCAAAUGGUUAUGCCGGUUAUCAGCCGUUGAAUAUGGACGAACAAAAUCACACAAAUCGAAGGACAUCUUUAAUGGAAGAAGACCAAGAAUCCGCUGUGGAAGAAGGUGAUGCAGUCGGAUUAGAUGCCGCUAGCAAUGUCAACGCAGAAUUUCUUAAUGUGGACGUAUGGAAUGCACCAAGACCCAAUGAGCUGAGUAUUGAGCUCGAUUCUUCAAAGGCUGCAGAGAUAGUGAACGUGAUGGCCGGAAUAAAACUGCCCACCACCGCCGUACCCGAAUGGGCCCGUGGAGUACCGGAAGAAGAAUGGAAGGAAAAUUUACUACAGCGAAUUCGCCAACGACAGCAACCGGAUGUUGACGAUGGAUGUAGCACCUCCUUCACGAUGGCAAGCGGUCGACCAACGAUAGCCAAUAGUGGUAAUGCCAGCAGCAGCAGCAGCAGUACUCAUACAAGUAGAAGAACGUGA